CAUUUGGCCUUCAAUUUGAGAGCUCCGUUUUACCUUUCGCUAAAGCUAUCUUAAUUUUUUUCUUCUUGCCGUUUGAGAAUCUUUGUUUCUCAAUAGUUCAUCGACUUUCGUCUUUGGAUUUCGGAAUCGAUUUCUGUUUUCUUGAUCCUGAUUUCUUCGGUUCGUGCGUGGAUUUUUGUUUGAACGUUCCGUUUCAUUUCAUCCCGAUUAUGGAGGUUUCGGUGAUUGCAAAAUCUCAAGCGAAGAUUGCCGGAGCCGAUUUUGGUAACAGAGAGUUAGGGCUUUUGAAUUCGAAAGUUGAUAGUAAGAUUUUUGGUUCAAAAUCGAAGAUCUGUUUCACUAGGAGUUCGAGGUUUGAAAAGUUGAGAAUCCGAUUAUCGACGAAAGCCGCACAGAUGGAACCAGUUCAAUCUCAAAACGUUGACGUUGGAAGAAGAUCCAAAUCACUCGAGGGUGUAAAAUUGUAUGUCGGUUUGCCGUUGGAUGCAGUUUCCACGUGCAAUGCGAUAAACCAUUCAAAGGCAAUCGCAGCAGGGCUUAAGGCUCUGAAGCUGCUUGGCGUAGAAGGUGUCGAGCUUCCGGUGUGGUGGGGAAUCGUUGAGAAAGAAACUAUGGGGAAAUAUGAAUGGUCAGGCUAUCUUAACCUCGCAGAGAUGGUCCAAAAUGCAGGGCUCAAGCUUCAUGUUUCACUCUGCUUCCAUGGAUCUAACCAACCAAGAAUUCCUCUUCCUGAAUGGAUCUCGAAGAUCGGUGAAUCCGAUCCGAACAUAUACUUCACCGAUCGGUACAGGCAGCAAUACAAAGAUUGCUUAUCGCUCUCUGUCGAUAACCUUCCUGUCCUGAAUGGAAAGACUCCAAUCCAAGUUUACCAUGAAUUUUGUGAGAGCUUCAAGUCUUCAUUCUCAAAUCUCAUGGGCUCUACAAUCUCGGGUAUCUCCAUGAGUCUCGGACCAGACGGUGAGCUUCGGUAUCCGUCUCAGCGACAACCAAAAUCACAUGGUGUUGGAGAAUUUCAGUGCUAUGAUAAAAACAUGCUCAGCAAUCUCAAGCAACACGCUGAAGCAAGCGGGAAUCCUUUAUACGGUCUUGGAGGUCCCCAUGAUGCUCCGAGUUAUAAUGAAAUGCCAAAUGCUAACAAUUUCUUUAAAGAUCAUGGCGGUUCAUGGGAGUCUCACUAUGGAGAUUUCUUCCUUUCAUGGUAUUCUAGCGAGCUUAUUGACCAUGGUGAUCGCCUUCUUUCUCUUGCUUCAUCCAUCUUCGGCAACACCGAAGCAACCGUUCAUGGGAAAGUUCCAUUGAUGCAUUCCUGGUACAAAACUCGAUCGCACCCCAGCGAACUAACAGCUGGGUUCUACAAUACCGCCAGCCGAGACGGAUACGAGGCUGUUGCGGAAAUGUUUGCUAGGAACUCAACCAAAAUGAUCUUGCCUGGAAUGGACUUAUCAGAUCAACAUCAGCCUCAAGAAUCACUGUCGAGCCCCGAGUCAUUAAUAUCUCAAAUCAAGUCAGCUAGCAGAAAGCACGGGGUAAUGUUGUCGGGGCAAAACUCAUCAAGUUCGGGAACUCCCGGCGGGUUCGAUCGGAUAAAGAACAAUUUGGAAGGGGAAAGUGUGGAGCUGUUCACAUACCAGAGAAUGGGAGCAUACUUCUUCUCUCCAGAGCACUUUCCUUCCUUUGCUGAAUUCGUCCGUAGUGUCCAUCAACCUGAACUGCACUCAGAUGACCUUCCAAUCGGAGAAGACGACACCGCGUCUUCGUCACCCGCCAGUUCCGUGGCCGAAGAACAGAUGCAAGCAGCUUAAUAGAGGGCGUAGAGUAUCAUAUAAUCAUAGUAAUGUAAAAAUAACUUUAGUUCUUCAAGGCUUGAGAUUAAAUUAAUACACUUCAGAUUGAGGAUUUAGAUAUUACACAUCCUCCAGAACGCUGUAAGAUUCUAAAUUAGAUAACCAGAAAGGUUGUUUUAAAGUAAU